AUGGUUACCUCUUCAGACAAGAAUUUCGGUAUCACUGACCUGGAAACUGGCUCUGUUCAUGAAGCUACGCCGAAGAUAGAAUCUUUAAACGGGGAAAAGUCUACCGAGCACAAACCAACCGCGCCGAGACAGGAGAUCACGUAUAUCGAAGGAUGGAGGUUCCAUCUUUUAAGUUUUGCGAUUGGGUUGUGUGUAUUUCUUGUAAACAUGGAAGUCUCCAUUGUGAGCACCUCACUCGUAACCAUGACCAACGAGUUUCACGGUUUCGAUGAAUCCACUUGGGUCAUAACGGCAUAUCUCGCCACUUACAGCACUUAUUUAAGAGAAUACAGACCUGGCAUUUGUCAUCGAACGGGUUCUAAGCAACAAGAGAAGGAACUUUCCCUCCGAUUUCUGAUCAUAUGGGGAAGACUCAGUGAUGUGUUUGGUCGAAAAUGGACCUAUGUUGCAACAAACUUCAUAUUUCUUGCCUUUUCAGCUGCCUGUGGAGCGGCUCAAUCUAUGUUACAAUUGAUCAUCUGUCGUGCAUUUCAAGGCCUAGGUGCCUCUGGUGCAUUUUCUGUCUCCUUAACAAUCUUUUACGAAUUUAUCCCACCACCAAAAUACCCAUUAUACGGAAGUUUUAUAUCCAUGCUGAGUACUGUUGGUGCUCUUCUUGGUCCCUUAGUAGGCGGUGCAAUUGAUACCACUUCUACGUGGAGAUGGGUAUUCUUUUUGAAUGUCAUUGGAACAACGAUCAUACUUGGAUUGAUUAUCUUUUUGCUUCCUGGAAAAUUUCCAUAUCACGGAUCAUCUACAUCGUCAGCGACUGUCCCCUGGCAAUCUUUACUGAAAAGGGUUGAUUUUGUAGGCGCUUUCUUACUUUUAAGUGCUUCAGUCCUUCUCGUCACAGCAUUACUCGAGGUCUCCACGGUCUUCACAUGGUCUUCAGCUGCCACUAUAUGUCUCUUGGCAAUAUCCGGUUUGAUUUGGAUAGGAUUUAUCGUAUGGGAAUGGUUUGUCGGAAGCAGCAAGGACAUUCAAGAACCAAUGUUCCCUCGAGUUUUACUUGAGAAUCGAACAUGGAUGGGAAUAGCUUUAACAUCCUUCCUCGUCGGUAUUCCAUCUCAAAUCAUUACCAUUGAAAUUCCCCAGAAAGCACAAGCCGUGUAUGGAGACUCCCCUUGGCAAGCCGGAUAUCGACUAAUAGCUUACACCCUUGCUGUUCCCGUUGGCAGCAUUUUCGCAAAUACGAUUAUCGGCAAAACCAAGAUACCUCCUAUCUAUCUCCUAUUCUGCGGUACUGCCAUCCAAGUGCUUGGCGUUGAAUUAUUACUGACAACCCCGGCCUCUGGAAUUGUUCCUGGGCAAAUUCAUUUUUUCGAGGCGCUUAUUGCUUUUGGGGUUGGCAGCUCUUUCGCUAUACUUCUGGUAUUAAAUCCACAUUGCAUUGAGAGACAAUAUAUCGCCACUGCCUCCGGUGCAGUCGUCCAAUUCCGUAUGACAGGAAGCACACUCGGUCUAGCGUCCGUUACCACAGCUUUCAACAAUCAACUUUCAGGCCGUCUCCCAAAAAUCCUCAAUGAUACUCAACUCAAAAGUGUUCUAUCAUCUACUUCUGCGAUAUCGUCUCUGGAAGAACCUUUGAAAGCUCAGGUACAAGAGGUAUUUGGACAGGGCUACGAUUUGCAAUUAAAGAUUCUGAUCGGAUUUACGGCGGCGCAAUUCUUGACUUUGUUGUUGAUUUGGAAUUGGAAAAGGCCACAGAUGGGUAUACAUAAGAGUGAGGGGCAUUAG